AUGAAGAGGAACAGUUUAUCUGUUGUGAAUAAAAUUCCCCAGUCUUCACCAGCAGCGAAACAGUCAAAACUGGGAUUCUCCUCUUCUCUCAACCAGGCUCAGAUGUACACAGUUCUCCUAGACUGGGGGAGUUUGCCUCACCACGUAGUGUUACGUAUUUUUCAGUAUCUUCCUUUAAUAGAUUGGGCCCGUGCAUCUUCUGUAUGUAGAAGAUGGAAUGAAGUUUUUCAUAUUCCUGACCUUUGGAGAAAGUUUGAAUUUGAAUUGAACCAGUCAGCUACUUCAUACUUUAAGUCCACUCAUCCUGAUCUCAUUCAGUAGAUAAUUAGAAAACAUGCUGCUCAUCUAUAGCACGUCAGCUUUAAAGUUGACAGUAGUACUGAGUCAGCAGAAGCUGCCUGUGAUAUGCUUUCUCAGCUGGUAAAUUGUUCUAUCCGGACUUUGGGUCUGAUUUCAACAACCAAGCCAAGUUUUAUGAAUGUGUCAAAGUCUCAUUUUGUGUCAGCACUUACAGUGGUUUUCGUCAACUCAAAGUCAUUAUCGUCAAUCAAAAUUGAGGAUACACCAGGGGACGAUCCUUCAUUAAAGAUUCUUGUGGCCAAUGAUAGUGACACUCUAAGGCUCCUAGAAUCGAGUAGCUGUCCUCAUGUUUCAUCUGAUGGAAUCCUCUGUGUAGCUGAUCGUUGUCAAGGAGAACUGGCAUUAAAUUAUUACACUCUAAGUGAUGAACUUCUCCGAGCGCUUUCAAGGGAGACUCAUGUUAACCUCGAACAUCUUCGAAUUGACAUUGUGAGUAAAAACCCUGGACAGGUUCAGUUUCAUUCUAUUAAAAAACAAAGUUGGGAUGUACUCAUUAAACAGUCCCCUGGAGUUAAUGUUGUUAUGUACUUCUUUUCGUAUGAAGAGGAAUUUGAGACAUUCUUCACAGAAGAAACCCCUGUUAUAACCCCUGUUACUCAUCUUUAUUUUGGUCGUUCGGUAAGCAAAGCAGUUCUGGGACGGAUAGGUCUUAACUGUCCACGACUAAUUGAGUUUGUGGUAUGUGCUAAUGGUCUUCAGCCUCUCGAUAAUGAACUUGUUUGUAUUGCUGAACACUGUAAAAACUUAAGCCUUGGCCUCAGUGAAUGUGAAGUUAGCUGCAGUGCAUUGAUUGAAUUUGUAAGUCUAUAUGGGAGAAGGCUUACCCAGAUCUCUAUAAUGGAAGAAGUUUUGAUCCCUGAUGACAGUUAUAACCUAGGUGAGAUUCACACUGAAGUCUCCAAACACCUGGGAAAAAUGUGGUUCCCUGAUGUGAUGCCUAUCUGCUAAUUUGCCACCAAAGAGUCUUAAUUUUUUUUUAACCAGUAAGAUUAGCUUCUUUCUGUCUGUGCAAAUGUAAAUUUUAAGACGGC